AUGUCUUACCAUCAGCAGAAGCAGCCCAAUAUCAUACCUCCUCAGCUUCAGGAGCACCAGGUGAAACAGCCCUGUCAACCACCUCCCCAGGAGCCAUGCCACCCCAGGGCCCCAGAACCAGGCACCACCAAGUGGCCACAGCCAAGCUACCCUGAGAUCCCUGUGCCAAGCCAUCCUAAGGUCCCAGGGCUAGGUACCACCAAGAUACCAGAGCCAUCUUACCCUGAGGUCCCAGUGCCGAGCCAUCCUACAGUCCCAGGGCCAGGCACCACCAAGUUACCAGAGCCAUACUACCCUGAGGUCCCAGUGCCAUGCCCUCCUACAGUCCCAGAGCCAGGCACCACCAAGUUUCCAGGGUCCUAUCCCAUCACAGUUACUCCACCUAUUGCUCAAGACAAGUACCCACAGGUCCCCAAGACCAAACAGAAGUAA